AUGGCAACUUCAAUUGUUUUCUCAAGUCUUCUUGCUUUUUGUUUCUGUUACGUUUCCCUUGCAUUUGAUCCCCAACCUUUGCAAGAUUUCUGUGUAGCUGAUGUUGGCGGCGCAGUUAGAGUGAAUGGUGUGGUAUGCAAAGAUCCCAAGAAAGUAACAGCAGAAGAUUUCUUCUUCAGUGGAUUGCAGGAACCCGGCAACACCUCGAACCCGUCUGGCUCCGGGGUCACCCCAGUGUUUGCAGCUCAACUCCCGGGACUCAACACUCUUGGCAUCUCAAUGGCGCGCCUUGACUAUGCGCCCUGGGGAAUCAACCCUCCUCACACCCAUCCCAGAGCCACUGAAAUCCUCACUGUUCUUGAAGGUUCUCUCCAUGUUGGAUUCGUCACUUCCGCUCCAGAGAAUCGCCUGUUCACCAAGGUCCUUCAAAAGGGUGAUGUUUUCGUCUUUCCGGCAGGACUCAUCCAUUUCCAGAGAAACGUGGGAUACACAAAUGCUGUUGCCAUAGCUGGUCUAAACAGUCAAAAUCCGGGUGUCAUAUCCGUUGCGGCCAAUGUCUUUGGAUCCAAUCCGCUCAUCAGUAGUGAUGUUCUAGCCAAGGCAUUCCAAGUCGACAGGAAUAUUGUGGAGACAAUUCAAUCAAAGUUCUAA